GAUUGCAUCACAUCAGUGAUAAUCCCCACUACCUCAUAUUCCUUCACAUUUCUCUCUCUCUCUCUCCCCUUAUCUCUCUUCUUCCCCUUCCCCUUUCACUCCUCUUUAUUCUUCCUGCUUUCCUAUGUUUUCCGUUCCUCUCGGCCACAUCGGCCACAGCUCGUUGCAGCCUCUAAUUCCGUUCCUUCUUCUCCACCGAGAUUUAGUUCUCGACUUCUCUCCAAAAUCCAAAUAUUACCCAAAAAGUCCCCCCUCCCCUCCAACGGCUAGUUAGAAAAUUGGGUAUUUAAACCAGUGCGAGUGAGUGAAUGAAAGAACGAACACAUCUCUUCUUUAACUCAGAUCUCAUUACCCCUUUCUGACACUCUCCACCUGCGCAACUUCCGAGCGAAGGUCCGAGAAGAUGGAGCAACAACCCCUAUCAGUGGUCCGCCACAACAACGAAGACGAUGACGAAUUCUAUGAGAACAUCGAAGCCCCCAAGUUUGUGGAUUUCAUUGCACCUGAUCUAUCACGCCUGGACAAUCGUUUCUGGUUUUGUUUGCGCGUUGAUGAGUUAUAGGAUCAAGGUUUUGGAAAAAAUAUUCAAACUAUUACAGAUGGAAGUGAUCCACGAAGCACCAUUCCUUAUCUUGUUCAUGCUUUUGCAUGCAAGGGUGUCUUCGCUGGAGAUUGCCCAGAGGUCACGACCGAGGCGAGAGGUGGAUGGGGAGGGAGGGUGUAACUGCAGCAACACGACCGAGGCGAGAACUGUGUCACGGACCAAAGCACGGCUGCCCAAAGGUCAGUCUGUUGGGAAGGAGACAUGUUGCCUAGUAGUGUGAUGAGGCUAGGAAGGAGGGCGGGGUAACAGACGCUGCGGUCGGGUUAACUCUGCAUCUCUAACAGACGCUACGAUCGGGAAACUUCAUCUCCAAGAUCAUUUUGUUUUUUAUUAAAAAAAAUUAAAAAUUCAUUUUUAGCAUAAGCUUUUGAUGGCUCAAUGGAUUCUAUAGAUUAUUCAUAAAUCCAUCUUAUAGCUCUUUCUUACAAUUAAAGCCAAUGUUCAAAGCAUCGGCCGGGCUGAUUUGUAUCGUUCUGGGAGCUCCCAGACACGCUCCUACAGAGGGUGUAUCGGGGUU